AUGGAUCCAGCGAGUGCGGGAGAACUCAGGGUCUUUUUGGCCAAGACUAACAUUCGCAUGGAGCAUCAGGAGGAUCAGAUGAUGGCCACGGGGCGGGCCGUCCAGGCUCUGUCACCUGACCUUUCUCUGCAGUUGCUAACAAGCCCCGCCGCCCUGACGUACCAGCUUGCGGCCCAGGUGCUUGAUGAUCUUGACGAUGAGGACAUUGGAUUCGGUUUGGUGGAUUCAAAGAAAGAGAGAGCUGUUGCUAAGAAGCUGGGUCUGCUGGAGGUGGACAGCAUCUACAUCUUCGCUGAUGACGAGAUCAUCGAGUACGAUGGAGAGCUGGCGGCCGACACGCUGCUGGAGUUCCUCUAUGACGUGAUCGAGGAGCCUGUGGAGAUCAUCAGUAAUGACAGAGAGCUCAAAGGCUUCCAUCACAUCGAGGAGGACAUCAAACUGAUGGGUUACUUCAAGAGCGCCAAAUCUUCACACUUCACUGAGUACGAUGACGCAGCUGAAGAAUUUCAUCCAUUGAUCAAGUUCUUUGCCACAUUUGAGCCCAGGAUCGCUAAGAAAUUAAACCUGAAGAUGAAUGAAGUGGAUUUUUACGAGCCCUUCAUGAACAAACCCGUCAGCAUCCCCGGCAAACCCUACAUAGAGGACGACAUUGUCAGCUUCAUCGAGGAGCACGACAGACCAACUCUGAGAAAACUGGAGCCUCACAGCAUGUAUGAGAUCUGGGAAGAUGAUAUAAACGAACAGCACAUCGUGGCCUUCGCUGAGGAGUCUGACCCUGACGGCUAUGAAGUCCUGGAGAUCCUGAAGGAAGUGGCUCAAGAAAACACAGAGAACCCAGACUUAAGCAUCAUCUGGAUCGAUCCUGACGACUUCCCACUGAUGGUGCCGUACUGGGAGAAGACCUUCGGCAUCGACCUCUCGUCUCCUCAGAUCGGCGUGGUGGAUGUUGAGGAUGCUGACAGUGUGUGGAUGGAGAUGGAUGACGAAGAGAACAUGCCGACUGCUGACGAGCUCGACACCUGGAUCGAAGACGUGAUGUCUGGAAUAAUCUACCCUGGCAUCACUUCACCGUCAUACGCUCAUGUUUGUGACAUGAAGAAGUCAUCAGUCCGUCCACGUUCCCGUCAUCACAAACUGAGCUGUUCUGUCAUUACCGUCUGGAGGACGUGAGAAACAUUGUGUCUCAUCUCGCUGUUUAACUCUGCACCACUCAUUCUUCAGGAAAAGAAAUAUCGGAUUUGAGGAUCACUGCAGCUGUUUCUCUGCCAGUGACACGCAUCUAGUGAGAACGUGUGCGGUGUUUGAUAAACAAUAGCAAAGCCUCGUAACAACUAUUUUGAUAUUUUUAUUGACUUUUAGAGCAGAAUAAAUUAUGCUCACUGGAAGGUCUUAACAGUAAAAACAAAUAAAAAAUGUUUUCCUUGUUUUUUG